AUGAUUACGGACGAGAUACGCUUCAGCAUAAUCGACGCCGUCUAUCUGAGACCUGGAAUAUGGGAUUGCCAAAGGGAGAAAACUGUUGGUCCAUCAAGAAAAGAGCUAUUCGCCGAAGUGACGACGCUCAUCAACCAACAGAAUCAGCUUGAUCCUGAGCUCACACCAGAGGAAGUCGAAAAACAGUGGAAAAAUUUGAAGGACACUUACGUGAAGACUAGGAAGAAGUUAUCGUAUAACAGCGACAGCAUGCCAGUAACGCCCAAGUGGAAAUUCUACAGUUCCCUGAUGUUUCUGGAUGAUCUAUUCAGCGUUCAUCGAAAUAAUCUUAAACGAAGAAUUGACGACGUUUCGGAAACCGAAGAUGAAGAUGAAUACAUGGCUUUCUGUCGUUCACUUUUACACCCCUUAAGGGAAAUUGCUUACAAGGAUAGGAUCCAGUAUCUAAAAGUCCAGAAGGCAAUUCGGGAUCUGCUUCAUGACGCACAAAUGGACAUGCUUCUUACCCAUAUGCGAUAG